UGCAAAUCAUGCUCGCUCUUCUCCUCGCCGUCUGCCUCGCAGUCGCCAACCCCCUCGACAAACGCGCCUCCCUCGUGCACUGCACCACCGAGCAAAAGUCCAUGGUCCAAAACGCCCUGAUCCAGUCCUCGCGCAUGGCGCAGGCCGGCGCCUCAGCCAUCCGCUCCGGCUCGUCCUACGGCAACAACCUGUUCCAGACCUUCUUCAAAACCACCGACGAGUCCUCCAAGUCGCACGUCGCCAACAUCCUCGACCAGAUUGCCGAGGAAGCGCAGGCCCGCGGCAGCGGCAGAGUGACCUACUCGUGCACCCCCGACGGCAUUCCCUGCUCUGACUCCGAGUCGUUCACAGUGACGGCAUAUGGAGAGACGGAUGGCUACAAUGGGGAUAUUCGCACCUGUCCGGCGUACUUCAGCAUCCCGAGUUUCUCGAAUAAUUGCGAUGCGUUGGACCAGGCCACGUCGACGACGCAUGAGAUGGCCCAUACGAAGGGUAUCUAUGGGAUCGAGACGUAUGGGUAUUAUGCGGUGCAGGGACUGGAUUCGCAGUCGGCGUUGAUUAAUGCCGAGAGUUAUGCGUUUUUCUCGAAGGCGGCGUUGUUGCAUUGUCAGGUUUAA